GAACAUCCUUUUGGAAUUGAGCGGCAUAGAUUGAACAAUAUUUUAAAUGGAAUCCCUGUUGGCUUGGACGAAAUUAAGGAUGAAACAUUAAAAGACCUUCUGUCGUGGAUGUUAAAACUACAACCAGAAAAACGACCAUCUGCCAACGAAGCCUUGAAACACCCAUUUUUUAUGUCGGAUGACGAGACAUUUGAAUUUUUAUGUAAAGUUGGAAAACUACAGUCGACUAAAACAAAUGAUCCUCAAUCUAGUAUCGUCCAACAUUUGAAUAUUGAAUCUUCAAACUGGAGAAGCCAAAUAGAUAACGAUGUUUAUAACUAUUUGGUAAAUGGAAGAGAGUAUAAAUCUUCAUGGACAGAAUGCUUAAGGCUCAUUCGAAAUACUGGCAUGCAUUGGAACGAUAGACCACGACCUCUACCACAACCAGAAGCAUUUUAUAAGAUUGGCGAUUACAGGGCGUAUUUUCUCAAAACGUUUCCCAGUCUCCCUGUUCGGGUACAUGCUGCUGUCAGGUCAAAUGAAGAAUGGAAAGACAAUCCAGAACUUAAGGAUGAUCUUAGAAUCGCCAAUUACGAUAUCCCGUCAAUUGGUCAAGAUGAUUUAGAUUUGAUGCCAUUGCAUACGUUGGAUCGUAAUAGUCCACCUUUUCGAAAAUCAAAGUCAUCUGUAUCAGAACUGCAGUUACAAGAUGGGAAAUUCAUUGGUGAAUCAACAAAGCAUAGAAAAAUGCUUUUAAAAUUGUGUGAAUAUAGGGCAAGUGCCUUUAGAAAGGUUAAUUAUGUUGGCGAUGUAUGUGUAAUUUUCUCAGACGAGUUUUGCAUCGGCAGAGGAAACGAUGGAACACCUGUAUAUCUUGGACUGAGAAACGAUGGUUACGGCAAAGCUGUAAAACGAAUUCGUCGAGAUAACUUCAUCGAUCUAACACGCCGAGAAAAGGAAAUUUUGAAUGAACUCAACGCAGAGGGAUCGAAAUAUGUUGUGAACUAUUCAUACUUAAUGGAAGACAAUGACACGGAAUAUGGCUAUUUAAUAUUAGACUUAUGCGAAGAAUCAUUGGAGAGUUUUGUGAAGUCUUCUACUUUGUCUGAUCUUGAAAAAGCUCUUCCCGAAAUUCUCAGACCAAUUUUGCAAGGAUUAGCUUAUCUUCAUAGUGGCCAACAUCCCAUUCUUCAUCGCAAUUUAAAGCCUUCCAAUGUUCUCCGAGACUCACAAGGCAAAUUUCUCAUAGCUGAUUUUGGCAUAAAAACCAUGGCUAAUGUGGGAACUGAGUUUUGGAUUGCACCUGAAUCAUAUUGUAAAGAAGAAGACUCGUUUGAUAAAGCUCGUUACAUAACAAAGUCUGAUGUAAUGAAUGCAGGAAUGGUCGCUUAUUAUGUUGCAACAAAAGGGAAACAUCCUUUUGGAACUAAACCACACAGACUGAUCAACAUGUUGAAUGGGAAACCUGUUGGCAUGGACGAAAUCAAGGAUGAAACAUUAAAAGACCUUCUGUCGCGGAUGUUAAAACUACAACCAGAAGAAAGACCAUCUGCCAACGAAGCCUUGAAACAUCCAUUUCUUAUGUCGGAUGGCGAGACAUUUGAAUUUUUAUGUAAAGUUGGAAACCUACAGUCGACUAAAACAAAUGAUCCCCAAUCUAGUAUCGUCCAACAUUUGAAUGCUGCUGUCAGGUCAAAUGAUGAACUGAAAAACAAUCCAGAACUUAAGGAACCGCAGUUGCAAGAGUGGAAAUAUCUUGGUCAUUCAAUUCAGCAUAGAAGUCUGUUGUCAGAAUUGUGUUAUCCCGGAGCAGACAUUAAACAUGUGGGCAAUGUACGUGUAAUUUUCUCGGAAAAGUUUUGCCUCGGCAAAGGAAGUAACGAAACCCGUGUUUAUCUUGGACUGACAAAGGAUGGUUACGGUAAAGCAGUGAAACGAAUGCUUAAAGACAACUACCUCAAGCCUGCAAAGCAUGAAAAGAAAAUUUUAAAUGAAUUCAAUUCAAAAAAUUCGAAAUAUGUUGUGAAUUAUUACUUCUUAGAGGAAGAUACUGCAACAGAAUAUGUUUAUUUGAUGUUAGACUUAUGUGAGGAAUCACUGGAGAAGUUUGUGAAAUCUUCUUCUUUAAGUGAUCUUCAAAAAGCUCUUCCCGAUAUUCUUAGACAAAUUUUGAAUGGAUUAGCUGAUCUUCAUAAUGGCCCAGAUCCUAUUCUUCAUCGGCAUUUGAAGCCUUCCAAUGUUCUCCGUGACGUAGAUGGCAGAUUUCUGAUAGCUGACUUUGGCAUUAGUCAAAUAUUGAAGAAUGGAUCUAAAACGCAUAAAAGCAAUUUUAACAGGGGUACUUUAUAUUGGAUUGCUCCUGAAUCAUUCAGAGAGGAAGAUUUAAAUGAAGCCCCUAAUGAAGUUUUAAAUGAAGCCCCUAAUGAAGAUUUAAAUGAAGCCCCUAAUGAAGAUUCAAAUAAAGCACGUAAUGAAGAUUUAAAUAAAGCACGUAAUGAAGAUUCAAAAAAAGGACGUUACAAAAAAGAGUCUGAUGUAUAUAAUGCAGGAAUGGUGGCUUAUUAUGUUGCAACAAAAGGCAAACAUCCUUUUGGAAUUGAGAGCCAUAGAUUGAACAAUAUGUUAAAUGGAAACCCUGUUGGCUUGGACGAAAUUAAGGAUGAAACGUUAAAAGACCUUCUGUCGUGGAUGUUAAAACUACAACCAGAAAAACGACCAUCUGCCAACGAAGCUAUGAAACAUCCAUUUCUUAUGUCGGAUGACGAGACAUUUGAAUUUUUAUGUAAAGUUGGAAACCUACAGUCGAUUAAAACAAACGAUUCCCAGUCAAGUAUUGUUCAACAUUUAAAUAGCGAAUCCUCAGAUUGGAAAAGUCAAAUGGAAAAUGAUAUUUAUGAUUAUUUGGUAAUUGGAAGGAAAUAUGGGCCUUCGUGGACAGAAUGUUUGAGACUUAUUCGAAAUAUUGGCGAACAUUGGUAUGAUCGACCACGGACAAGACCGCAACCAGAACCAUUUUAUAAGAUUGGUGAUCACAAGACAUUUUUCCUCAAAACAUUCCCUAAUCUUCCUGUUCGGGUGCACGCAGCUGUUAGGUCGAAUGAAAAGCUUAAAAACAAUCUAGAACUAAAGGAUAAGGAUGAUGAUGACCAAGAAAACAUUAAUACGUAUGGGAAUGAAGCGUCCGCUUAUUCAGUUGAAGAAACUUCUGUUAUUGAUAAUUCACAUAUCGUCGAAGAUAUGGAUGAGGCAGGGCAAGAUGAUCUUAGAAUCGCCAAUUACGAUAUCCCGUCGAUAGGUCAUGAAGAUUUACGUUCGAUGCCAUUCGAUACGACAAGCAUAAAUGAAGAUGUUUUAGCUACUCGUGAAAUAUGUCAACUGAGUUAUCACAUAGCAAGUUUCUGGGAUGAAUUGGCUUCCAUGAUGAAUAUGGAAAGUUACGAAAUUGAUAAUGUGCGAUCAAACACGAGUUAUGAAAAUGAACAAAUAAAGGCACAGAAAAUUUUGUCAAUCUUGUCCAACAAGUGGAAAACUGAAUUUCGGAGCAAACUAGUGGAGACCUUAGAUAGCAUGAACAAAUUUGAUUUGGCUGAUUCGAUUUUUAAUUACGAGUGAAAACAGGUGCAAUGAGGUGAAGAUUUUUCUUUUCAGUGUACGAAUUCAAAUAUUUUACUGAGAACAUUUUGAGACUAAGUUCAUAUUAAAUAAGCACCGUGUAUUGGACAAUGCGUAUGUAUGGACAUUUUUAUGUAAUCAUAUCAACACAAUUAAACCAAUUUAGUUAUAAUAUCAACAUAUUGAUUAGUUUUAAGAUUUGUCGCUGAAUUGCGUCAUGUCUGUGCUGCACUCAUGCUACGUUUGCGCUAUACCGGAUUGCUAUCGUAGCAUGUUAAAAUUUCUUUGUACUAAAACGCUGUGUAAUUGUUCAACGUCAGAAACACAAUCAAAUAGACUAAAGCUAUCAACUUCAUAAGCUGUUAUUCUAAUUUUACUGAAAGUUUGCAUUGUAUGAGUAAAAGAUUGGGCUAUGUUUGCUACUAGCUAUACUUUAUAUAUAUUUCUUAGUAUUGAACUAGUAUUUUGCUAAAUAAAGUCAUAAAGGUUAAUGUCGCUUCAA